AUGGACUCUGCUUCCGGCGCAGGCCGCCGCCGCGUCCGAAUCGCAGUCGUCGGCGACGUGCACAAUGAUUGGGCCCUUGAGGAAGAUUCAAAGGCACUCCAAUUUCUUCAGCUGGAUUUAGUGCUUUUUACAGGUGAUUAUGGAAACGAGAAUGUUGAACUUGUCAAAAGCAUUUCAGAUCUUCAGUUACCAAAGGCGGCAAUUCUUGGCAAUCAUGAUUGCUGGCACACGCAUCAAUUCUCAGAGAAGAAGGUUGAUCGUGUUCGGCUUCAGCUCGCAAGCCUUGGUGAGCAGCAUGUUGGAUACAAAUGUUUGGACUUCCCAUCAAUUAAGCUGAGCGUUGUUGGUGGACGGCCAUUUUCCUCUGGGGGUGAUAGGCUAUUUAGACCAAAGCUUCUGUCAAAAUGUUAUGGUGUCAAUGAUAUUGCUGGAAGUGCAAAGAAGAUAUACGAUGCUGCUGCAGGUGCACCAGAGGGACAUUCUGUCGUAUUGCUUGCACAUAAUGGACCAACAGGUCUAGGUUCAAGAAUGGAUGAUAUCUGUGGGCGGGAUUGGGUACCUGGUGGCGGUGACCAUGGCGAUCCAGAUAACAGCUAUUGUUCUAUUGCCAGUUGGAGCAAUAUGGGUUGGCUGACCAAGUUUUUUAGAGGCUCAACCCACAAUAUCUCGGAAGGGCAGUAUCACAGCAGGCCUGCAGAAGACGCAGCAUGGAACGAACCCUCUAGCUCUCCUGUUGUCACUGACAUCCUUUCAGAGUUUAACAAUGAGGAUAUUGACCAUGCUAUAGCGCUCUCUCUAUCGGAAGAGGAGCAAAGAAAGGCAAAGACAAUAGAUAAGGAUAUGCAUUUGGAGGAGGAUGAGCAACUUGCAAGAGCUAUCCAGGAAAGUUUGAAUGUUGAAUCACCCCCUCGCAGAAAUGGCAGUGCCAAUGGUGGCACUACAUAUCAUCUGCCUCGCGAAACUGGCCAUGGUGGCAAUGCAUAUCAGCCACCUCGCGAAAAUGGCAGUGCCAAUGGUGGAAAUGCAUAUCACCCAUUACCAUUUAUGUUCUCAUCUGGAUUCAGAGCAUGCGCAGGAUGUCACAGAGAGAUUGGUCAUGGGCGUUUUCUCAGUUGCAUGGGAGCUGUUUGGCAUCCGGAAUGUUUUCGUUGCCAUGCCUGUAGUCAACCGAUAUAUGACUAUGAGUUCUCCAUGUCCGGGAAUCAUCCAUACCAUAAAACUUGCUACAAGGAGCAGUUUCACCCAAAAUGUGAUGUCUGCAAGCAAUUUAUUCCUACAAAUAUGAAUGGCCUUAUUGAAUAUAGGGCACAUCCUUUCUGGCUACAAAAAUACUGUCCCUCACAUGAAGUGGAUGGUACUCCGAGGUGCUGUAGUUGUGAAAGAAUGGAGCCAAGGGAAUCAAGAUAUGUAUUACUGGAUGAUGGUCGUAAGCUCUGCCUGGAGUGUCUUGAUUCUGCAGUGAUGGAUACAAAUGAGUGCCAGCCUUUGUAUCUUGAAAUUCAGGAAUUUUACGAAGGACUGAAUAUGAAAGUGGAACAGCAGGUUCCUCUGCUUCUAGUAGAGAGACAAGCUUUGAAUGAAGCCAUGGAAGGAGAGAAGGCUGGUCACCACCAUCUUCCAGAAACAAGAGGACUGUGCUUAUCAGAAGAACAGACUGUUAGCACGAUACUGAGGAGACCAAGAAUGGCUGGAAACAAAAUUAUGGGAAUGAUAACAGAGCCAUAUAGGCUGACACGGCGAUGUGAAGUGACUGCAAUUCUCAUUCUGUAUGGUCUCCCAAGAUUGUUGACAGGUUCAAUUUUAGCUCAUGAGAUGAUGCAUGCAUGGUUGCGACUUAAAGGAUACCGGACACUGAGUCCAGACGUAGAAGAGGGCAUUUGCCAAGUUCUUGCUCACCUGUGGAUCGAGUCAGAGAUCAUGGCCGGAUCAGGCAGUAGUGCUGCUUCGUCAUCCUCAGGAUCUUCUUCAUCCACGUCAUCCAAAAAGGGGGGGCGGUCUCAGUUUGAGCACAAGCUUGGGGAUUUUUUCAAGCAUCAGAUCGAGACGGAUACUUCCAUGGCCUACGGAGAGGGUUUCAGAGCCGGGAACCGGGCCGUUCUUCAGUACGGCCUGAAGCGCACCCUGGAGCAUAUCCGGCUAACAGGGACCUUUCCAUUUUGA